UUCCACCGGGCACGCGCCUUCCCUUUCCGAAACGUACGCGCUUUGAUUCCCUCUGCAACAACAACAUCAUCGUGAAGUUGGAGACACGAGAGACAUUUACCUCAACAUCCCAAUUAGCGUGGACUGAUUUGCUGAUGUCCUGUAAUGUGUCUUAUUGUGUUUUAUCGAAACAGUUGCGGUUGGCUGCGCUGUAACACACACCCCUUUCUGUGAGGAGCGAGCUCAAGGAGUUUUGUCAUCAGCAUCCGCUCCGCAUUUCUACCGUGUGUUAGCUACUUAUCCGUAUUCCCAUUCAAUGGUUUUAUUGUACAGUAGAUAUUUUUAAACGUAACGUUUUAAUACACGAGGUCUAUUUGGUUCCAAGGUACUAUUUUAAGAGGGACAAGGUGUAUGAAGAGGAUCACACACAUGUAGCCGCUGUGAAGCUAGCCGAGGAAGUGGACAGUUACUUUUCCACCCCUGUACGGUGGCAGGAGUCGCCUAUGUGAUUGUUUUCUAGACAUGCAGUUAUGGAGGUGCUAAAUGUCACAUAAGUGCUGACCCUUUCGAGAGAUUAAAACUUUCGUAAUCGUCAACGAGAUUAAUCGACGCCUGUACGUUAACUGUUACGUUAAAUGUGUUAGCAGGGGAUUGAUAAUCCACAGCUAGCCCAUUAGCCCCCAAGGGUUUAGCUCUUUAAUAGUUUAUUACUGUAUGGUGUUUCUCUUAAAAUUUACGACCAUAACUAUCUAGAUUGCGUUUAGAGGAUGUCAUUUUUCAAUUUUCGGAAGAUAUUUAAGUUGGGCGCGGAGAAGAAGAAGAAACAGUAUGAGCACGUUCACAGAGACAUCAAUCCUGAGGAGGAGUGGGAGAUCGUGGGUGAACUCGGCGAUGGAGCCUUUGGGAAAGUGUAUAAGGCUCAGAACAAGCAGACUGGAGUCCUGGCAGCAGCGAAAGUGAUCGAUACCAAAACCGAAGAAGAGCUUGAGGACUAUAUGGUAGAGAUUGACAUCCUCGCUUCCUGCGAUCAUCAGUACAUAGUCAAACUGCUGGAUGCCUUUUAUUAUGAGAACAAACUAUGGAUUCUCAUUGAGUUUUGUGCUGGAGGGGCGGUGGAUGCUGUUAUGUUAGAACUGGAGCGGCCACUAACAGAGCCUCAGAUCCGUGUUGUGUGUAAACAGACGCUGGAGGCGCUGACUUACCUCCAUGAAAAUAAGAUUAUUCACAGAGACCUGAAGGCUGGAAAUAUUCUUUUUUCUGCAGAAGGGGACAUCAAAUUAGCUGACUUUGGAGUGUCUGCAAAGAACACAAAGACGCUACAGAGAAGAGACUCUUUCAUUGGAACGCCAUACUGGAUGGCACCUGAAGUGGUGAUGUGCGAGACGUCGAAGGACAGACCGUACGACUACAAAGCAGACAUCUGGUCUCUUGGUGUCACUCUGAUCGAGCUGGCACAGAUCGAGCCACCCAACCACGAGAUGAACCCAAUGAGAGUCCUGCUAAAAAUAGCAAAGUCAGAUCCCCCCACACUCGCCUCUCCAUCACGCUGGUCUCCAGAGUUCAGUGAUUUCCUAAGGAAGGCACUGGAUAAGAACAUAGACAACAGAUGGAGCGCAGUGCAGCUUCUACAGCAUCCAUUUGUUACAAGUGUGAUGGAUAACAAACCAAUACGUGACCUGGUUGCUGAGGCCAAAGCAGAAGUGGUUGAAGAAAUUGAGGAGGGAAAAGAGGAAGAGGAGGAGGAAGAGUCUGAAGCACAGCUGGCCAAGCCUGGACACAAACGUGCAUUAUCGGACACCAGCAUUGGCAGCUUAGAGGAUGAGAGACAGAGUCAGAGCACACCAACUCUAGAGUCGGUCACAGAGACGGUUGAACCUGAGAGAAAACCCAGUUCAGAAGACCAGGCUAGUGACAAGACCUCAGAAAUUAAAGAGCCCGAGCAUGUUGAAGAUGAGAUGAUGAAUGGGGCUACUGCGCCAUCGGACGCCAGCACAGAGGACUCCAUACCUACACCAGUUCCCAGUAAAGUAGAGAUUUCUGAUCAGCCAAAUCCUCCAGCAACAAUUGACACUGAAACUGUCCUCCAAGAGAUUGUAACUGUCAGUGAGGAGACUGGAGAGGAAGAGAAGAAAGAACUAAAGGUGGAAGAGCAAGCAGAUAAAAAUAAAGAAGAAUAUGAAGAAACGCAGAAAGUGGAGGAAACCAAAACACCAAUCACCACAGACGAUGAGGAGAAACAUGACCAACUUUCUGAAAAAGCGUCAACUGAACCAGCUGAGGAACAAAUGCAUACAAAGGACUUGGUGGAUGAAGAGAAAACAGUAACCUUGCCAGAUGUUCCUACAAGAGAGGUGGAGGAAAAGCUUUCUCAGGAAGCAACCAAAGCCCAGGAUGACUCUAAAGAGGAGCCAGCACCCACUGAUGCCCCAGAAACCAAAGCCAAGCUUGAACCAGAAGAUAUACCUGCUGAGGAAAAGAAAAAGGUGGAUGUUGCAGAGGAGACAUCUGCAAAUAAAAUGCCUACUGUUACCAUCAAUGGAGAAAAAGAAGAGGUCACCAGUGCAGCAGAGGACACUGAAGAAGCCAAUGAGGACAGCCCAGCGAGUGAAGUGAAAGCGGCUCCUGUGGCCAGACCUGAUGCUGAAAAAGAAAAGGAUUCUGACUCGGGCAGCAGUUCUGCUGCAGAUACUAACAGCAUCGACAUCAAUCUGUCAAUCUCCAGCUUCCUCUCCAAAAGCAAGGAGGGAUCUGUUUCCAUACAGGACAUCAGGCGGCAGAAGAAGACACUGAAGAAAACCCGCAAGUUUUUGGUUGAUGGGGUGGAAGUCAGCGUCACCACAUCCAAGAUGGUCUCAGAAGACAAUGACACCAUGAGCGAGGAACUGAGAUUUUUCAGGCGUCAGGAGCUUCGAGAACUCAGACUGCUGCAGAAAGAAGAGCAGAGAGCUCAGCAGCAGCUCAGCAACAAACUCCAGCAGCAGAAAGAGCAGCUCUUCAGACGCUUCGAGCAGGAGAUGACGGGGAAAAAGCGUCAGUAUGACCAGGAGGUGGAGACCCUUGAGAAAGCGCAGAAACAGGCCAUAGAGCGUCUUGAGCAGGACCACACCAACCGCCUGAGAGAUGAAGCCAAGAGGAUCAAAGCAGAGCAGGAUAAGGAGCUCUCCAAGUUCCAGAACAUGCUGAAGAACCGCAAAAAAGAGGUCAAACAAGAGGUCGGAUUUUCCCCCAAACACAUAAGAAAAGACCUCAUGAAAUGCUUAAAGGAAGACCUAGCAAUCGUUCAACGUGAAGAGGAGCAAGAGUUUCUCCAGAAGCAGCAGCAGGAGCUGGAUGGAGCUCUGAAGAAGAUCAUCCAACAGCACAAACUGGAGAUCGCCACUAUAGAGAGAGACUGUCUCAACCACAAGCAGCAGCUCAUGAGAGCUCGAGAGGCUGCCAUGUGGGAGCUGGAGGAGCGCCACCUGCAGGAGAAACACCAGCUCCUGAAGCAGCAGCUGAAGGAUCAGUACUUUAUGCAGAGACAUCAGCUUCUCAAGAGACAUGAAAAGGAGAUGGAGCAGAUGCAAGGUUAUAACCAGCGGCUGAUAGAGGAGAUGAAGAACAGACAGGCGCAGGAGAGAGCUCGGCUUCCGAAGAUCCAGCGCGGGGAAGCAAAGACUCGCAUGGCGAUGUUUAAAAAGAGCCUGCGGAUCACUGGCACAGGAACACCAGAGCAGGACAGAGAGAAGAUCAAACAGUUUGCCGCUCAAGAGGAUAAGAGACAGAAGAACGAGAGGCUUCAUCAGCAUCAAAAACAUGAGAACCAGAUGAGAGACCUGCAACUACAGUGUGAUUCCAACAUCAGAGAGCUUCAACAGAUGCAGAAUGAGAAGUGUCAUCUGCUGAUUGAACACGAGACUCAAAAACUGAAGGAGUUGGAUGAGGAGCACAGUCAGGAGCUGAAGGACUGGAGGGAGAAGCUUCGGCCCAGAAAGAAGGCUCUGGAAGAUGAGUUCACACGAAAACUGCAGGAACAGGAAGUGUUUUUUAAGAUGAGUGGAGAAUCUGAAUGUCUCAACCCGCAGGCACAGAGCAGAGUCUCCAAAUUCUACCCCAUUCCCAGUGUUCACUCCUCUGGCUCAUAACCUCAAUGCUUAAGCUGAUGCACUGAAGGGCUUUUUGAAGGUAUCUGAUAUCAGAAUAAACAAAUGCAUGGGGUUAAAAUGCAAUGUAUGAAAUACACAAGAAGGAUUUAUUUUAACAGUGAAGGACAAAACUUAUGCAUUACCAUGAAUAGCUAUUUGCCACAUUGAAUCCAAUGGAUUAACGUUUUAGUUUUCUGUCUGUGGUCAUCUGGUGAUGUUAAUUUGUGAUUAAGAAACAUUUUAAAGGUGAAUACACUCGGGUAAUAUCAUUUUGUCUUUUUGGAAUAAAUGAAUAGGAUGGCCUUAAUGAGGGUUACAUGGUGCAAAGCCCGUAAAAGCAUGAUUUCACGAAUGUUUGUGAAUUAUUGCGAGGUCCCAUUUUAAGAAAAAAACUUGUUGACACUGUGGUCACUGUUACAGUCUGUUCUCUAAAUGUUGCACAAAGGUUGCACAGCUAACUUAAUUAGCAUAUCAAUGCUGUUGUUAUCAGCUGUUAUUUGUUGUUGUUUUUGCCAUAUUGAUUUGUUGUAAUGUCAGAGUUAUUUUAAAACAAAAGUCUUUUUAACUUUCUUACUAAAACCAUAUUUGUUAUUAUUGGUGCAUUAAAAUUAAAGACAUUUGCAGCACCCAUAAACUGAAGGAAUGUAAGCUGUAAAAUGCAUAAUUUUAAACCAAUUCAACAUAUGCAGUAGUGAUCUCUUUAGUGCGUUAUGAAGAAAAUGUGCCCUAAUAUUUUAUAUGAUGUCAUUUGGCAAGUCACUUUGCAGUCCACAGCACCCAAGUUCAUUUUUUAUGAACAAAAUAAUUUCAGAUAUUUGAAGGAGAGUGAGUUGGGCAGUCUUUGCCUCUGAAUGUUUUUAUCGAAGGUAUUAAAAAGUGAUUUAAUGGAUUUAACUGAAGAUUGAACAACUUUAUUGUUAACAUGUCAGAGUAAACAAAUAUAACAUUGCAUGUUACAUUAGUUAUGUUUAUUAAUUUUAGGGGUUUUAUGGAAGACAAUGUAUUGUAACAAUGUAAUGAAUAGAUCUGACCGAGCUGCAACAGUCUGCAUAAGCAUUUCAGUGGAAAGACGUGGUCAUUUCUUACUGUUACUGAGGACUUUCCACCUGACUCGAGCUCUAUUUUUGAUAACAUGUUUCGUCCAAAUAGUUUUUUUUAUCUUAUCCAUAAUAUGACACAUGCUGUGCUCAUACUUGCAUGCUGAGAGAAAUCCCAAAUGCUGUAUUUGACCAGAGGUGUGAGCUCUUUGACUGGACUCAGUUUUAAAGGUAUGUGCAUUAUAAAUCAGGAUACCUUUCCAGAGAGAUCUCAGUUGUUACACUGCUGAACAUUAUUUACCUUUUACAGCACUUUGAUGGAAUAUCUGAUGCAUAUUUUAAGGUCAAUUUGAUUAUGUAUCUGAAAACCUGUGUCCAUUGAUAUACUGUAAGAAUGCUGUAAAUAAAACUUUCAUUGUAUUUUGA